GUAUAUUCCAUGUGAUGAUCUAAUUGUUGUUGCGCAACACCAAGAUGAAGAGUUAUGGGAAGCAGUACAAUGUUUUUAUGAAACUGGCCGAUUUACUGUUAUAGUCUUUGAUGAUCUUGCCGGCGAACCUCUUGCAACUCAAUUAAAAGUCAUUCCUUUCUUUAGGUCAGGCAGACAUGAUGGAAUUAGCUCAAUUUAUAUUGCCCAACGUUUCUAUGAAACCCAUCCAAAUAUAUGCGGAAAUCUUAAAUACAUUUCAUUGCAUCGUGAAUGUGGAACUUUAGAUAGCAUAAAGCGAAUUCUUAAAGAUACACAUGAUGAUUAUGAACCUUUAGCAAAAAAAAAUUUAUGA